ACUAGAGGGUCUCCGUCUCAAUUGACUCCAGUUUUCUUCGGUCUCCUUCCUCUCUCCCCAUUUUCCACAAUACUUGCAAAAAAUCUCGACUCCCAAAAUCACGUCAACAUGUUUUUUCUCCACUCUGUAAAUCGAUCUUGCGCUAUGUGACAAAAAUGGGAGCUGAAAGUGUCACCUAAUCCACUACCCACUUUCCCAAAUCCCCCAUACUUAAUCCCCACUUCCCUCAAAAGCACAGAAAUUUCACUCUUGAUUUCCUUCAAAAGCUUCAACCUUUGAAGCCUUUCAGUGCCUUCAUCUGCACCAUUUUUGACCUGGGUUGGUGAAAUGCCGACGGUAGACACGUCCCACAUCGACUUGGAACGCGGCGGCGGCGGCGGCCACCGGCGCUCCUCCUCUGCCGCCAGCGACACCAUCUCCGACGUGGGUUCUUGCUACUCGCGGUUCUACGACGAGCACAGCUUCGAUUGUGGGUCGGAUCUCGAAAACGGCGGCGUCUCGGAUUGCUCGGAAGAUGAGACCAAGGUGCAUUUGGAGAAGGUGGAGAGGGACUGCCGGAUUUGUCACCUGAAUUUGGAGAGCAGUAAUUCUGAGACCGGGGUCGCCAUCGAGUUGGGGUGUUCUUGUAAGGAUGAUUUGGCUGCUGCACAUAAGAAUUGCGCUGAGGCUUGGUUCAAAAUCAAGGGAAACAAGACCUGCGAAAUUUGUAAUUCAGUCGCGCGCAACGUACUUAAUGCGAGUGAGAUUGAGUUAAUACAACAGACGAAUGAGGCCAAUGUCACGUCAACAAAUGCUGUAUCAGCGCCGAACCCUCCCACUGCAGAGACCCGGAGAUGCUUGAAUGGUCACCGUCUUGUGAAUCUACUUCUUGCUUGCAUGGUUUGUGCAUUUGUCAUAUCGUGGCUCUUCCACUUCAACAUUCCAUCAUGAAUUCCCGGAUGCGAGCUUGUCUCUGAAGAUGGUGGAAAACGUUAGAUAAACUGACAAGUCACGAGAUAUUUCAAGCCUGCAGCGUUCAUACGUAUAGGUCCAUAUUAUGCGAUAUUGUUGCUCCAUACUUGUGUAGAGUUAGUUGGAUCCAUAUUUUCAUGUGUUUGUAAUCACAAAACUUAGUCCAGGCUUUCUAAAUCUAUUUUAUGAGUAUCUCUUGUUGGUUUUCC